AUGACAUCAUGGAGGCAUUUUGCUUCUUAUAAGUCAAUGGAAUUUUUGGUUUUAAAAAAGCAAAAACCUACCUCCCACAUUGGCUAUUUUCUGAUGUUUGAGACACAUAUCAACAUCUAUAUUUUGUCACCAAUGUACUCUCUCUCACUUGUGUACAAUCACUCUUUGCCCCAGCCUAGUUGGCCACCGAUGACGUGAAGGGAAGUGAUGAAUAUGUGCCUUGUCUUGCCAACUAAUUCUUUGCCAUUUGACCCCUGAGCUCAUGGCUCUCCUAACUAUGACUCCAACCCACAUGCGGAUCUAGUCAGCUAGUAGAGCCCCCAAUUAUGCCUCUGACCUACAUGCAAGCCUAACUAAUCAAUGGAUCCCCCCUUUUUCUAUUUUUUUAAUUUAUCUCAAAAAUAUCCUUAUAAAAAUUAUAUACUUUUUACACAAAUUAUAUAAAAAUAUCCUUAUAUAAAAAUUAUAUAAAUUCAUAAAAUUAAUCAAAAAAUAUAUUAAAUAAUUAAAAACUUAUUUUUCUCAAGUUAAUAUAAAUAUAAAUAUAUUUAUCAUGAUUUAAGGUUUAAAUAUAUUAUUAUAAAUUAUUAACUCAUGAUUACUUAUUAGGGGAAGCAAAUUUGAUUGUGAUGUGAAGUGUAGAGUGAAAAAUAGAGGAAAAAUAUAUUAAUUAUAGUCUAAUGUAUACCAUCAGUGAAACAUCAUUUAAUACCUCUAGUUAUUGAGACUACAUGAAAGAAAGCAUAAAUAGAAUAAGAAAAACUUGUUCUUUUUGACCCAUUACUUGUGUAGAAUAGUGAUAUGUAGGACAAUAUGCAGGUGUACAAAUAAAAUGAAAAACUAGUUAUAAAUCACAUUUUAGUUCAAUUAGGCCCUUUGACUUUAACUGAUUUCCUCUCUUAUCAAUAAACUCUCCUACUUCCAAAUAUCUUCAAGUAAAAUGAAUAGGUUAGCUUUCUAUCUCAUAUGGAUGAACAGCAACUAAAUAGAUGACAUGACAUGGAGUUAUUGAAUCUAGACUAACAUACCCUUAUUAGAUAAUUCUGUCAAAUCUUUUAUCAAUAUUUGCCAAUCAAUGGGUCUCAGGAGAUGAUUGGCUGACAGAAGCAUUGGUUAUAGGCCUUCAUGCCAACAUCAUUUAUAAGUUUUUCGUUUCUUGGGGUUUCCUUGAGAUUAAAUCAAUUUCUAUUGAGCUAGUAGUUCUUCCUUUGUACAAUUUUUUUGAGUUUUACCACUUUUUCUGAACAUGUUAUUUUGAUACCUCCCCAUCUUGUGAUAACCAUUAAAUAGUGAAUUGUGUUUUAUUGUAUUUAAAAAAAUGUGAGCCUUAUAUCUACAGAAAAAUAAGGUUUAUCCUGAUAUGAUGCACUCUUCAGCUUCUUCUUAAAUACAUGGAUUUAGAGAAGUGAUCUGGAAUGUUUAGUGCCAACAAAUCAAUUGGCUAACAAAAAGGCCAAGACAACUGAUGAAUUAUCAAGUUUUUUAAGAAAAGAAGGAAUUUAUCAGCAUUCAUAGGAUCUAAAUAUGGCUAUUCUCCAAUCUAUUUCUGCACAAUUUAUUGCCAUAGUUGGAAAUUUUUAUUCAAAAUGAUGAACCCUCUUGUAAAAAGUAAAUUUCAGAUUGUAAUCUGAAGUAUAGAUUAAAAAAUAGAGAAAGAGAAAUUCUUGAAUAAGAGUGUGGUGCAUAUAAUUAGUGAAAUAUGUUUGAAAAAUUAUAUUUACUUUUUUGACCUAUUUAUUACUAGAAUAAUAAUAUACACAACAAUAUGCAGAUGCAUGUGAAUAACUAGAUUAAAAAUCACAAUUUAGUUUAAUGAGGCCCUUGAAUUUGGCUUAAUUUCUCUUGAUCAAUAACUCCCCUUCCUCCACAUAAAGAAUAGAUUAGCUUUUUAGCACAUAUUGAUGAAUGUCAGCAAAAUAAAUCACAUGAUCAGGAUUCACUCCAUUGAAGUGGCUCAAAGAGAAAGAACCGAAAUCUCAUAAUCCAUGGCCUAAAAAAAAAAGAAGAAUAUUUUCAAAGACUAAAUCCUUGAGAAAAUAAUUUUUUAGUUGAAAAAUUCUUUCACGUUGACUCUUCUAUGAUUCAAAAAAAAAGAUGGGAAUGGGAAGACUGUCCUACAUUUUGGGACUUAUGAAACUUAAUGAAUUAGUUGGCCAGGUUACCAUAGACCAGCUCAUCAAUCUUGGUAAGAACAAAAUUAUUUCUAUCAUAAAAACUAAUAUUUCAUGUAUUUAACAAAUCCUUGUUCCAUCAAGUUCCUUGUCUUGGUGGUAGUGGAGAGUGGGAGGGCAUUGAGUUUAGACCCUCACCAAAUACCUUUGAUUAAGUAGAUACCUCUAAUCUGCUUAUUUCAAAUUACUCUAUUUUUUCACUCUUAGUUUCCAUAUCAAAACUCCAAUUAAUUUUCCUUGUUGUCUGUUUGUUAGAGCCUUGGAAAAUCAUAUGAAGGAAACACCACAACAAUACCAUGUUGCAAGGGAUGGAUUAAACUCUCUAAUUCAUUUAUGGGCUAUAUCCAUUCACCAAUAACUGGUUUUGGAAACAUUCCAAUAGUGGUACGGCCUGAAAUGGCCUCAGAAUGAGGCAAAAUCAUCCACCAUUCACCCAUUAAGUCUUCUAAUGAUAUCCAAAAAUAUUUUGUAAAAACCUAUUUAUGCAUUCUUAUCUCAUUAACUUAAAAGUAUCUAUUAGUGGUCAAUGCAUUAUUCAUUCAACUACCUAUGCUGUUUUUGCAUCGUCCACCACCCCUAUAGUGACAUUGGGGGCUUUGAUCAAAUCAUGAAGCCUUGUUGACAGAGAGAGCAUCAAUAGGAUCUUCUCCCCUAAGAGGUUUAUCAGGUGCACUAGUAUUGGGAGCAUUGGCCUUGCUCCCUCUCCAAGCUCGGGUGGCAGAAACUGUUAGUAUUUAAUGCAAAAGUAUUUCUUUUUGUCUAUAUUAGACCUUUUUUGUCUUUUAGUAAGCUAAAGUUGCCAUCUCCUUUGGUGGGCCAUAAGUGACCAAUCCAUUUAAUGUGUGGCUAUAAAUACUCUUCUCUCUCUCAUCUUAUAUAGAAUUUCUCAUUUUUGUCCUUUCCUAGGGUUUGUGAGCAUGCGAACCGUCUUCUCUCUUACUAUCUCUCUCAUUUAUUUUCUCUCCCAAACAAUUGCUUCUCUUGCAGGUUUAUUCUGCUAUUUUUCCUACAAGUAGUAUCAGAGCUCUAGGUUUGCAUAUUGGGUGUUGGUUUUUCUGUGGAGCGGCCAGCAUCAUCCAAAGAUAAGAAAUUCAAGAUUUGUGAAAUUUAUUUGGGGUUUUUGGAGAUUUCUUGUCAUAGCAAGGAUUUUGAAGAUUUGAAUCAACAUUUACGUGGAGAAGAAUCAUCACUACAGUGAAAUGGCAAAUGGUAAUCCCCUAAACCUAUCACAGCCUCUUGUUCUUUUUUUAAUGGAGAAAAUACGAUUUUUGGAGUAUCAAAAUGUAGAUAUUUUUUAUUUCUCAAGACUUAUGGGAGUUAGUUGAGAGUGGAAAUAAAGAAGGAGAGACUUCAAGACAAGAAAAUAAGGAAUUUCGAAAAAAGGAUGCUAAGGUAUUAUUAGUUUUACAGCAAUCAACUUCAGAAGUAAUUUUUCCACAAAUUAUUAAUGCAUCAAGUUCAUUUGAAGCUUGAAAAAUUUUGAAAGAUGAAUUUCAUGGUGAUAACAUUGUUAUAAAUAUGAAGCUUCAAACUCUUUGUCGAGAAUUUGAAAAUAUUUUUAUGAAAUCAGAUGAAUUAGUACAUGAUUUAUUUUCUAUAGUUGCCAUUAUUAUAAAUCAAAUGAGAAUAUUUGGUGAAGAUAUUUCUGAAAAAAGAAUUGUUGAAAAAAUUUUAAGAAGUUUGCCUUCUAAAUUUUAUCAUCUUAUUGCUACCAUUGAACAAUCUAAGGAUUUAUCUAUUUAUAGCCAAAAUGAGUUAAUUGGAGCAUUGUUAGCAUAGGAAUAACAGACUAAUAGACAGAAGAAAAAAUCUAUUGAACAAUCAUUCUAAGCAAAGGUUGAAAUUUCAAAUAAUGAGAAAAAUAGUGAAGGUACAUCUACACAACAAGGACAUGGUAGAAGAGACUAUCAAAAUAGAGGUCAUGGAAGAGGACAUAGUAGAUCAUAUUAUGGGCAACAAAGAAAGGAUGAAAGAAAUCAACAAAAUCAAAAACCAAAUUACAAGAUUAUGUAAUGUUAUUUUUGUAAGAAAUAUGGUCACAUUGAAGCAUAUUGUUAUGAAAAGGUAAAACAAUAAUAAAACAUGAGAGAAGAGAAUUCUAAACCAAUGUGUAAUUUUUACAAGUAUGAUCAUAUUGAAGCAAAUUGUUGGGACAAGAAAAAGGAGCAAGCAAAUAUUGUUGAAGAAAAUGAUUAAAAUAAGUUGUUUAUAACUAAUAUUUCUUCAAGCUCAAGUACAUCAAAUAUAUGUUUUAUUGAUAGUGGUUGCAACAAUCAUAUGACAGGGGAAAAAGAUUUAUUUCAGAAUAUUGACACCUCUAUGAUUUGUGAUGUUACUAUUGGUGAUGAAAAUGGUGUGAAAAUUAAAGUCAUUGGUACUAUUAUUGUUCAUACUAAAUCAGGGGUACAUACAUUAAUUUAUGAUAUUUAUUUUUUUCCAAAGUUGGCAUAUAAUUUGCUUAGUGUGGGUCAAUUAUUAGAAUGUGGCUUUAUUGUUCAUUUCAAAUAUGAUAGAUGUGUUAUCAAGCAUAAGAAGAGUGGCAUGUCUCCAAUGUUGAUUCCUAAGGUUAGAAAGAGGAUGUUUCCUCUUGAUAUUUCAAGACAUUAA